AUGAAUAUGCACGCAGGUGAUACUACCACCUCAGCCAGUGCCAUGGCCAUGAGUACUAGUACUUCCAGUUCUAUGUCUGGAAUGGACAUGGAUGGUGGUUCCGAAAUGACUGGAAUGAACUCUUAUCUCACAAGAAAAUAUAUGAACUAUCCCGUUGUCUUUGAGAAACUCUAUGCUUCUGAUCGCGGUGAAGCAUUUGGUAUCUUCUUGCUUAUCGUUGUUGCUGCCUUUGUAUACAAAUUCUUGUUAUUUGUGAGCUGGUACCUAGAAUUGAAAUGGUUCAAGAAGGCAGGAGUCAAUGAGGAAGCUGAGAACGAUGAGGCUACAGGUAAGAACGUGUUAUAUACUAUCGAAGAUCUGGAAUUACAAAGGCAAUUCUUGCCAACUAGUUUCGGCAAAUUCAUGUUCAACGUUUUCGCCCCAGACUGGGUUGAUUUCUUCCAUGAUUUUGUACGGUUAUUGAUCACUUUUUGUUCUACCAUGAUAAUAUAUAUGUUGAUGCUUGUUGCUAUGACAUUCGUACUUGCAUACGUGUUUGCUGUCAUACUCGGGUUAUCUCUGGCCGAAAUCUUCUUUAACAGAAUCAAGAUCAACAUGUUGAAGGCAUGGGAAUUGAAAAAGGAAUGGGAAAGACGUUUCAAGCUUUGCCAAUGUGGACCUGGCCCAUCUGCCUCUACCGAUGAUACUAGGUCCUUUGCAUCUAGCAAAGCCACUGCUGACGCCGGCUCUACUACACCUCUAAACACGUUUAAAUCGUCCGAAAAAGUGCCAAAGAAAGUCGGAUGCUGCUGCAAUGGUGAUGAAGAUCCAGAGGAAGAAGCAGAAAGAAAAAUUAGAGGCAUUGCUACUCAAAGAGAACAGGCGGGAAACAUGAACGUAGAUUUAUUACCUGCUGAAAAUUUCAAAUAA